AGGCGUCCGCAGGGGCAGCUAAGCAGGACCCACUGCUCAUGUGUCGGAUGGAUUCAUUCCAGUUGCUCCCACUGGCUGCCACAGCAGAUUUGCCUCUGAGCAGCAGGGAGCUGGAGCGGAACCUCCUCUGUGCAUGAAAACACUCUGCAAACAUGGCUGGCAAGAUACAGAGCCUGACAGAAGAGGAGAGGGCCCACCUACUCCCCCUGCUCCGCAACGCUCAGUGGGUGGAGGUUGUGGGGCGGGACGCCAUUUACAAAGAGUUUGUUUUUAAAGACUUCAAUCAGGCUUUUGGUUUCAUGUCCAGAGUGGCUCUACAAGCAGAGAAGAUGGACCACCAUCCUGAGUGGUUCAAUGUCUAUAAUAAGGUCCAGAUCACUCUCAGCACACAUGACUGUGGAGGGUUGUCCCAGCGUGACAUCACUUUGGCCACCUUCAUUGACCAGGCGUCUCUGAUGUGACCAACAUGUUGUCAGCCAUUUCAGCAGUGAAAACUGAAGCGGUGGAAGUCAGUUCAUUGUGAAUAAUGCAGCCGUCUGAAAAGGGUCCAACAUGUCUCUGAAAAUACGCUGUUGUUGGUUUUGCACAUGGUGCAUAUGAGAUUCUCAGCCAAAAGAAAUGGUAAAAUCACAUUUACACAUUAAAGUCUAAAGGAUUAAAGUGAUUCCUCAGCAACCAUUCCAGCUGUUAAUGCAGAUAACACUCACAAUGGUACGUGUGUCCUUCUGUCACAGUGUUUGUCUUAUGUGCCAAAUGUUUUUGUACUUCACUGUCAGUAAAAAGUAAUUUUCUCUG